UUGCUGCGCCCGGACAAACCGAGUCAAUGCACGUGGAAGCCAAACGCUUUGCAUAGCCCACAUACGGAUCGGAGCAAGAAAUGUUCGGUGCGAAGCGGAUACAUUUGCAGUACUCACAGUGCGCAGAGUCGAUUUACCAUUCGCUUCCUCGAUGUAAUAAUACAUGCCGCAAGUUUCGAAUACAAUUAAUGAGGAACAGAUGUCCAACCUUUGUCCCAGAUUUUUUACUGAUGAACUUUUCUUUCAUGCAAACAAUGCCCUUGACAAGUAUUAAGCGAUGAGCCGUUUGAAAUUCAGCUCACAAAGCUAAAUGAUCGAAAAAAGGUAUUACCAGACAUUCUCCAUGCCAUUGGGCAAACACCAAUGGUUAGACUCAAUAAUAUUCCAAAGUCUUUUGGAAUUAAAUGUGAAAUAUGUAAGUGUAAUUUUACUAAGUAUUUUCUUGUUGGAAAUUUUGACAUGAAUUUAAUUAUAAACAUUAUUCCAGUUGCAAAAUGUGAAUACAUGAACCCUGGUGGUUCGGUUAAAGACAGAAUUGCUUUUAGAAUGAUACAAGAUGCUGAAGAAAAAGGUCUUCUAAAACCAGGAUGUACAAUUAUUGAACCAACCAGUGGAAAUACUGGAAUUGGAUUGGCAAUGGCAGCAGCUGUUAAAGGAUAUAAGUGCAUUAUAGUGAUGCCUGAAAAGAUGUCUAAUGAAAAAGUUUAUACCCUUCGUUCUUUAGGUGCAGAAAUUGUACGUACACCUACAGAAGCUGCUUGGAAUAGUCCAGAGGGUCAUAUUGCAACUUCUCAAAAAUUACAAAAAGAUAUUCCUGAUAGUGUUAUUUUGGAUCAAUAUACCAAUACAGGAAAUCCUUUAGCUCAUUAUGAUCAGACAGCAGUUGAAAUUUGGGAGCAAUGUGAAGGAAAAAUUGAUUAUUUAGUUGCUGGUGCAGGAACUGGAGGAACCAUUAGUGGAAUUGGUCGUAAACUUAAAGAAUUAUCACCAAAUAUUAAAAUAAUUGCUGUUGACCCUGAAGGAAGUAUACUUGCUGAACCACCAGAAUUAAACAAUAGCCCAUUACAAUAUUAUGAUGUUGAAGGCAUAGGCUAUGACUUUAUUCCUACUGUUUUGGAUCGAAAAGUUAUAGACAAAUGGAUUAAAACAACAGAUGGAGAAUCUUUUCACGCAUCUAGAAAACUUAUCAGAGAUGAAGGACUUUUGUGUGGUGGGAGCAGUGGAUCUGCCCUAUUAGCAGCUUUAAAAAUUGCUAAAAAUCUUUCACAAGAUCAACGUGUUGUAAUAAUUUUACCAGAUGGAAUUCGUAAUUACAUGACAAAGUUUAUUUCUGAUGCAUGGAUGGAAUCUAGAAAUUUUUUGAAUCUACCACAAUUAAUAAAAGGCAAUGAAUGGUGGUGGGACUUAACAGUACAUUCAAUAUCUUUGAAUGAAUUGUUUAUACUGCCAAGUAAUUCUACGUGUAAAGAAGCAGUGAUAUUACUAAAAAAUGAAAAUUUUCAUGAAAUACCAGUGGGUGAUAAAGAAAAUAUUAAAGGUUUUAUUACCGCAGAAAAACUUUUUAAUAGUAUAAUUUCUGGAGAAAUAAAACAGACAGACUUAGUAGAAAAGAUACUUAAAAAGCAGUUUAAGAAAAUUAAUUUAAAAACAUCACUUGGAGAAUUAUCUCUAAUUCUUCAGAAAGAUGCAUAUGUUGUUGUUAUUGAUGAGCAGAGUAAUAAUACAGUUAAAGGAAUUUUAACACAAAUUGAUUUUUUAAAUUUUAUCAGUCAUUAAUAAAACUUGUAUGCCUUAUAUAUGAAUAUGUAAUGAUUCAUAACGAU